CUCUUCUCCUUACGUCAAAAAAAAAAACUCUCUUCCUAUCCUAAGAUCCUCCAACGAUGACAACCAUAGCUGCAACCGGUCUCAACGUCGCAACUCCAAGAGCGUUCGUUCAACCGGUAGUGGCUCGUCUAUCGGCCCCGGUCCGUCUGAACUACCCUUGGAAAUUCAGUUCGAUGAAGAGGAUGGUUAUGUCUGUUAAGGCGACAUCGGAGGGAGGCAUAUCGGAUAAGGUGGAGAAGAGUAUUCAGGAAGCGAAAGAGACUUGCGCCGAUGAUCCAGUGAGCGGCGAGUGUGUGGCGGCGUGGGACGAGGUGGAGGAGCUGAGUGCGGCGGCGAGUCACGCUAGGGACAAGAAGAAGGCUGGUGGAUCCGAUCCUUUGGAGGAAUAUUGCAGUGAUAAUCCUGAGACCGAUGAGUGUCGUACUUAUGAUAAUUAAAACAUGUUUUGAAAAUUUAGGUACUUGUGUCGGAUCAUCUUUCUUCUUGUUGCUGUUGUUGUCGUCGUGUAUGGUUUGGUUUUGGUUUGUUUUGGUGCUUGUAAUGUGAUGAAUAGUACAAGUGCAAUACAUAUGAGAUGUUUCAUAGAUC